UUGCGUUAUCCUUUUUUAUCUGUCUCUUUAACGUUAUAAUACGCCUUACCUUCUCUCCCGGUAACCGGUCAUCCCACCACGUCGUCGUCUUCCGACUCUUUUCCUCUUUCCCUCUCUUCCUUUUUCACAAACCGCGAAUCCUUCUUUCUUCUUUCAUAGAUUCCUCCGCCUCCAAGAAUUCUACAUGUCUUGCAGAUAAGAGAGAAUCAAAGUAAAUAGAUAACAAUGAAGAAGAACUAUCCUUGAGUAAAUCGAAUUCCCCACUGUAGUAAUCCAUUAACAAUGAUAUGUUAUCAUCCCCAUUUUACGCUUCAAUUUCUUCUAUUUUUACUCAGUUCUUCCAAUAACCCUCGCCUAACCCUCAUCGGUGCUAAUCACACCUCCGCCCGUUUCUGCUCCCGUUAGUCUCAUCCAUACCCGACUGAAUUCAAUCUCUCUCCAUGGGGACUUCCACCGGAAAACGCGGCUUCCUCCGAAACAUUGUGGUUCGAUUUUUCUUAUUCUCGCUUCUCGUCUUCGGCAUUCGGUUUGCUUAUGUUAUCGUUAUCCAUGGCGAAUCGUGCGAUAUCGGCGAUGAAUUCUGCUUUUUCUCCUCGUCAAAUUUGUUUGAAAAUCAAAAACUCGUCACUACUGCCGGUGUCGGACAUGCAUCUUCUUCCUCGGUUAUCCUCCAUCCCGCUGCUGCUUCGACGCCAGAGUUUCAGAAACGUGUGAUGUUUUAUAUCACCGUGUUCCAGGAUCUCAUAGUUGACGGAUUUCUUUUCACAAAGUCUAAGGCUCUGUGCGUUGAAACGCCUAUCGGUGACGACGUUUACGCUUUGAAAGAGAUUGGCGUCGACGACGCAGUCGGGAUAUACAAGAAAGCGGCGAAGCCGCUGGUAAUUAACGGGCUAGGGUUCCGGCAGCCGUUUCACGACAACACGUUUGAUUUUAUAUUCUCCGGCGGCGGUGGGUUUGACAGAUCGGAAAAGGCAGCGGAAUUCGCCGAAGAAGUUCAACGUACACUUAAACCCGAAGGGUAUUUCAUUGUUCAUACAGCAUCGAAAGAUACGUACAGUUUCAAUUCGUUUAUUGGUUUAUUCAAUUGUUGUAAAUUCAUACGUUCACGUCAUAUCGAUGGAUUCGAUUCCGAUAUGCCUGAAAUACACGAAAUCGUGAUGAAGAAAGUGAACGAUAUCAAAAUCAGGAGAAAAACCGAUCAAAAUCCAAACAACAAAUGCUCUGUUCCAGGCUAUAAACAAGAUUUAGUCAAGAGAGCCGAGCCUUUGAUUCCAAAAGAACCAUUGAAACCAUGGCUGACACUAAAGAGAAACAUCCAGAAUGUGAAGUAUCUCCCUUCCAUGGUGGACAUCACCUUCAAGCAAAGGUACAUCUACAUAGACGUUGGUUCUCGCAGCUAUGGUUCCAGCAUUGCCAGUUGGUUCAAGAAACAGUAUCCAAAGCAAAACAAGACAUUCGAAAUAUACGCCAUUGAAGCAGAUAAGCACUUUCACGAUCAAUACAAAUCAAAAAAAGGCGUCACCUUGUUGCCAUACGCUGCAUGGGUUAAAAACGAGAGUCUAACCUUUGAAAUCAACCAAACUCCAGGCGAUGAAAACGUUGAAAAAGGAAGAGGAAUGGGUCGGAUUCAGCCAGUUGAGUCAGGUGGUGGGAUUGUGGGGUCAAUUGAUGAGAUCCAAGGAUUUGAUUUUGCAGAAUGGUUGAAGAAUACAGUGACAGAAAAAGAUUUUGUGGUGAUGAAGAUGGAUAUUGAAGGGACAGAAUUUGAUUUGAUCCCAAGGUUAAUUGAAACUGGUGCUAUUUGUUUAAUCGAUGAGGUUUUUCUUGAAUGCCAUUACAAUCGGUGGCAGAAAUGUUGCCCUGGUGUGAGAAGCCCAAAGUAUCAAAAAACUUACGGACAAUGCUUGGAUCUGUUCAAAUCCUUGAGACAACGUGGUGUUCUUGUUCAUCAAUGGUGGUGAUUGGUGACUGGAAUUGCCCAAUCGAAGACCUGCAUGUUUUCCUUGAUCCUAUCUGCGUUCGUUGAUUUUGGUAUCACACUUGUUCCUCUUUGAAUCGCCCAUCUCACAAGUACUUGCCCUGGGCUCUUAUUUAACUUCCCAGCUAUCUUCUCCACCGUUGGAUCAUGGAUCAGAUCUCGCCCGUUGUCUUGUGAACCCAAUGGGGAGUAUGACUACAACAUAUCAUGAAAUGAGAUAUUGCUGAUGAUUGAAAAGAGUAAAAUAAUGAAGAAAGGUCGUUUAUGUUGUUACAGUGACAUGGAUUCCAUUCUUUUUGCAUGCUUCCAGCAUUUUGUCAUUCCUCCAUCCUGGAUGCAUCUCCAUCUAAAAGAUUUGAAGAAAGUUGAAGCUCAGAAGAUGAAUGAAGAACUCUGAAAUGAGAUGAGAUGAUGGAAACCUGGCACACGGAAGGCAUUGUUUGUGCAAAUCCAGUUAAUUUGUUGAGUUUUUUUAACGUGAAAUUGCUGAUUCCGAUGUCUCGAACAAGGUUUUGUGUUUUUAGCUUCUCCAUUUCUCUCCAAACACCUUCCAUGUCGAAGUUCAAGACAUCUCCUGCUUUGGGAGGCCUACUGGCUCCUUCUUUAAGACGAAAUGGCCAAUGGAUCUGUAAAAAGUAUUAUCAACAAAAUUCAUGGAAUAGAAUUUGAAUAUGAAAAGAAUAACGAAGUUUACCAGAUAAAGAUCAAGGUAGUCGAGCUGAAGCUCUUGAAGUGUGUUCAACAAUGCUGGACGAACCCUUUCCGGAGACAAAUCAUGACACCUGAAUGUAUGUAUGUUAAAGGAAACUCUAUAUUCUUAUCAAUUUAUCAUCAAAUUUACUAAAAUUUCAUUGUGUACCA